AAUAAUAAUUACAUUCUAAAUUAAUUGGACGAGAAAAAAUAGUAGAGGUAGCAUUAGGACAACUCGCACCACUCGCACCUGCCUACAUCGAUAUUACAUGUUUACAAACAAACUCUGACACAAGUCAAUCAGUAUAUUUCAAGUUGAUAUAUACUGGAAAAUAUAUGUAUAUUUAUAAAAUAAAUGUACUUUCUUUAAAUAAUUAUGUGCUCGACAGAAAACCAUUUGCAUUUUGAUUAUGUGCGAUUAGCAUGGGACAGUGGUUUUUGUUUCAACGAAUCCAAAUCCAAGAUUGCUUUCGACAUUAGCUCACUGAGUUUAGUCGAUAUAGAACGAGUUACCAGAGAUCGCGACAUAGCAACGGUUGUAAAAUAUAUACCUACAAUUUUACAGUUCCAACUGGAUGAAGAAUUGUCAAGGAUUCUGGAGCCAAACUUUGUGAAAAUUUUCCAAUUGUGUCAACUGGCAAUUCAAUAUUUGAAGUAUUGCAAAGUUUACCUAGAUAAUACUGUCAUACUUUUAAAAAGAGAUUUGGCAGUAUUCAGUGAAGAUAAUGAGGAUCUACAAAAAUGCGUUGUUGAAUUAAAAGAAGAGAACAUGUCUUUACAAAAACAGAAUUUGGAUUUACAAAAAGCUUUAAAUACCGUGAAAACUGUUACAUUCAAAUGCGAUGAGUGUCCCAAGGUAUUCUAUUCAGAGGAUUAUCUGAACGCACAUAUCAAACGGCGACACAAUAAUUUUGACUUACAGACCGAAUCUGAAAAGUUGCAAUUAGAAAUUAAAGAAUUGAAGCAGCGGUUAAAUAAUACGGAGAAGAAUGUGAUACAAGAUACCAAAAAGAAUGAAAAUUUACCGGAGAAAGAACCAAACAACGACUUGGUAUUUCGAAGCGAAGAACAGAUGCAAGAGAAAUUCGAACAACUUAAAGAUUAUAUAAAUAAAGAACUUGGAUCAUUAAAGGACGAAAACUUCUAUAGCAAAAUCUAUCAGAAAUGUUUUGGUGAAAUGUAUGAAAAACUUCAGUCUCCUAAGAAAGUGUAUGUUGAACAAGGCGCUGGAGACUCUAUAGAAAUAAAAGAAUCUUCCACACAAACAAAUUUAGUAGAAGAAGAAACUAAUCAUAAAUUUGAAUAUAAGGCCAUUGAAUUAAAAUUGAAUUUACAAAAGGAACUAAUAGAAAACGCAUUGGAUCAGAAAAUUUCUGGUAGCUUAAAUCGUCUUGAAAUGGAAAUGGGUAUGUUUAAGAAUAAAUUAAAUGAUUUAGAACAAUCGAAGAAAUUGGAGGAUUAUGUAAAAUUACAUCAACAAAAAUUGAACGAACUUGAAGUUUCCGGUAAAAUGCAACAGCAGAAAUUGAAUGAGUUAGAACAAAUGAAGAUUUAUAGUCCGAAGAAAAAGUCAAGAACGAUUAUUGGCAGUAAUAAUAUGGUUUCUAAUAUAACGCUUUCGGAAUCGGAGACCGAAAAAGAAGACGAAGUUAUUGUUAUAAAACCUUUUCAAACAGUACUCAGCGAUAGUCCAAAAAUGAUUACAAAAGUAAUGAGUGAAGUUCAUAAUGGCACAGAAAAUGAUAAUAAAGAGCGGAGAUUAAGUUCGCAAAGUUCGAUGCCCAGUCCCAAAAUUGUCAAGAAUCAAGAAAUUGUAAACGUUGUCAAGAAUCAAGAAAUUAUAGAUGUUGAUAAGAAGCAAGAAAUUAUGGUUGUAGCAACAGAAUAUACUACUUCUGAAGAUGAUUUAGAUAUGUCCGAAGAGCAACAAGAAGUUCAUCUUAAAACACCAACAACAGUAUCCACUUUGGCAAAAAGGUCAAAUACUAGUUUGAAAGAGGCUGUUCGAGAUCCGGACUUGUACCAUAGUUUUCGUAAUGAACUGCAGAAUGUUAUUGCACUAAAACUGAAAAACAUAGGCGUUGUAUCUGAAUGGAAAAGCCUACCUCCAAAGACGUUUGACAAAGUAUUUGAGAUAGUUAAACAUAAAUCCUCAUUGAGCAAAAAGAGUAUUACAAACUACACUCGAUUACGGGAAAAUAUUUUGAAGGAACUAAAUAAGAAAAUGAAAAGUGAUAUACCAUUUAUAAAUGGAAAUAAAACAGAGAAUUCCAUAGACGAUGUUAGUGAAUUGAGCAGUAGUGAAUACGAUGAUGUUCCUAGAGGCGUUUUAAAAGUUCACUCAGAUCGAGUGUCCAGCAAGAAAAAAGUUAUAUUUAAUUUGAACAACGACAAGAAUAUGUCGGCAGAUGAGUCUUCCUCUCAUCCUUCUUCUUCUACUUCCAUUUUAGAAGAGAAUAGGGUGAAUGCAUUUUCAAGCGAAAGCAGAGAAAAUUUAAAUACGAAAGUGCAAGAUUUAUCCGAUCUAGAGUUGAGUGAAAUGUAAAUAAAUGAUUUUCUUUAUCACAGUCAAGUUAUUUUAGUUGCCUAGUA